AUGGCUAGAACGCCCACUGCGAACGUCGACGGCAAGGCGUUGGAACACCUUGAUGCAGCUUCGUCGGGGAAACCAGAAUCGAUUGUCUUUUUCAUCAAAGAUGGACAUUUUGCCCGCUCAAUUUCGGCCUGGGCUUAUUUCUUGUCGGUUAAUGAUCAUAGUCUGUUCAUUGAAACAUCGGUAAAGCUUGCCAGGCUCAGCAGUGCUAUUAAAAACGUGUUCGUAAAUGAAAAGGUAGCGUCGGAUCUGAAAGAAGGGCUUCAAGCCCAAUUGGAGUUGAUGGAAAUGCGUCCCCAAAUCGUUGAAAGAUAUCAAGAAAUCCUUCAAAGUCAUUCAAAAAUCUUGUACAGAGCCCUCAAUAACAACAGACCAGCCAUAACUAACCCAAUACUUCGCCUCAUGCUGAACAUCGUGACUUUCCAAUCAUCUUUGGCCACUGUACUCAUUGACAAUUUUGAUCUCAACUUGACCGUACUUCCCAAUUUAUUGGUUCCACCUAAAGGACAAGAUGGCCCUAUUAGUCAGUCCAAUGAUCAUCUAAACACUCGUCAUAACUUUAUCCGCUUUUGGAUAGCACUUACCACCUCGGUUCCAAGCCAUAUUCGGAAGGACUUGCUUGUAAAUAAACCAAAAAUCAUGAAUAAUUUAUGGAAGUUUAUGGCUGGUUCGGAUUCGAUUGGAACACUUCUGAUCAUCAUAGAAUGGAUAGAGUCGGCUAUACUCAAGGAAGCAAGCUUUAAGCGCUCGACCAAGUGCAAGAUACUUAACGAGAACUUUAUGUUCAAAUUACAGUUGUUGUUUAAUCGAUUACAAGAUGCCACUUUUACAUCUCAGUUCAUUCAAUUUGUGAAAUCAUUCACCUCUUCCAGCGAAGGGUUACUUUUUCCAAACAAUCAGUGCUUGCUCACUACAAACUAUGGUACUCCACUCAAUGUUAAUGGAAAAUCUUUCAAGGUUCAUAAUAAACUUCUUUUCACCUUUUUGACAACUUUGAAGCCUUGUGAAACAUUCCAACAAUUGGCUAUUGUGACUGAAAUUCUUAACCAAAUGUCCCGAAUUGAUUGCACCUUACUUGAACUGGUGUGUUCAAACAGGGGGUGGGUAUCAUGA